CUUGUCGGCCACUCCCUUCACACCUGGGCAGGGCACAGCGGGAGAACGUUCAGGGCACAUAGCAAGGAGAAGGGUUUGGGGGCAAAAGCGACUCGAGGGGAGUUGCGCAAAAGUGAAGGCUGUGCUAGGGCAGCAGACAAAUGAUUAGCACUGACAGUAUGGACAGCUCCUCACUGGCCAUGGGGCUGCUGAAAACUUUUGCCUCAACUGAGCUAGAAAAAUGGGAAAAAAUCGGCUCUGGAGGCUUUGGGCAAGUUUUCAAAGUGCGACACGUCCAGUGGAAAGCAUGGCUGGCAAUCAAAUGCCCCCCAAGUCAUCACGUAGAUGAAAAAGAACGUAGUGAGCUUUUAGAAGAGGCAAAAAAAAUGGAAAUGGCCAAGUUUCGAUACAUUCUUCCUGUGUAUGGAAUUUGUAAAGAUCCGGUGGGACUUGUAAUGGAGUAUAUGGAGACUGGAUCACUCGAAAAGCUCCUAGCUGCUGAGCCUCUACCCUGGGAACUAAGAUUUCGCAUUAUUCAUGAAACUGCAGUGGGAAUGAAUUUUCUUCACUGUAUGAAUCCUCCUUUGCUUCAUCUGGAUUUGAAGCCAGCCAACAUACUACUGGAUGCUCAUUAUCAUGUUAAGAUUUCAGAUUUUGGAUUAGCUAAAUGGAAUGGCCUUUCAAGUACAGAUGAUAUUAGCCGGGAUGGUUUCUGUGGGACAAUAGCUUAUCUUCCUCCUGAAAGAAUUAAAGAAAAAAAUCGGAAUGCAGACAUAAAGCAUGAUGUAUACAGCUUUUCCAUUGUAAUAUGGGGAGUUCUUACACAGAAGAAACCAUAUGCAGAUGAACACAAUAUUCUUCACAUAAUGCUGAAAGUCGUAGAAGGACUACGCCCAGAACUGGAAGCAAUUCCACGAUGCAGGCCACAAGCAUGUAAUGGCUUCAUCAGUCUGAUGCAGAAAUGCUGGCAGGAUCCACCCAAAAAAAGACCAUCUUUUCAAGAAAUUACAUUAGAAGCUGAAGAGUUAUGUUCUAAACCACAGGAAGAAAAUAAAGAAGUGCCAGAAACUGGGUUAAUUCAAAACACAGACCAUAAGGUGUUGGGUAAUGAACAAGUCAACCAAAAAUCCAUCGAACUGGGGUUGUCUGAACUGCUCAGCCAAAUUGACUCUGGCAUCUCCCAAAGCUUUGAGCAAGACAAGCAAGACUCUUCUGAGGCUACUGAUGCAUCUUGCGGCAACAAAAGGCUUUCUGAAAUAUCUUUGGUUGAUUCAGCUUUUUCUUCACAAGGAUCUUUGUCAUUGUCUUUUGAAAACUCAGCUAGUGAAUCUGGAACUUUGGAUUUGCAGAAGAAGAAGCUUUGUGAAGCCAUCAUGUCAGCUGAUAUUGCAAAACUGAUGAAGAUUUUACAACCUCAGGAUGUAGACCUCAUAUUGGAUGGUGGCUUAAGUCUUCUACACUAUGCUGUCCAAAGAUCAAAUGAAGAAGCUGUGAAGCUGCUCUUGCUUUAUAAUGCUAAUCCAAAUCUUGCAACUAAACAUGGAACCACACCACUUCACAUGGCAGUGGAAAAGAAACUGAAAAAUAUAGCAGAGCUUCUGCUAGGAAGGAAGAUCAAUGUUAACGUGAAGGAUGAAGACAAUUAUACUCCACUACACUUUGCAGCACAAAAUGGAGAUGAAAGUAUUGCUAGGCAACUUCUUGAUAAAAAUGCAUCAGUCAAUGAAGUAGACUUUGAAGGCAGGACACCAGUGCACAUAGCCUGCCAGCAUGGUCAAGAGAAUGUAGUCCGAGUUCUUUUACGACGUGGUGCAGAUGUACAUGUAAAAGGCAAGGACAAUUGGACACCACUUCACUUUGCUGCGUGGCAAGGUCACCUCUCAAUUGUCAAGCUCUUAGUAAAGCAAGUCAGUGCAAACGUAAAUAUCCAGACAUCUGAUGGGAGAACUGCGCUACAUCUGGCUGCUCAGAGGGGCCAGUAUAGAGUAGCUCGCAUUCUUAUAGACCUUGGAGCAGAUGUAAAUGUUGUGUCUCAUGCGCACCGUACACCUUUGCACGUGGCAGCAGAAACAGGCCACACUAGUACAUCUAGGCUGCUAAUUAAACACAAAGCUGAUAUUGAAGCUAAAACCAGUGCAGGAUGGACCCCACUUCAUCUUUCUUCCCAGUUUGGACAUCUUGCAACAGUGAAAAUGCUGUUAGAAGAAAAGGCAGAUGUUAAUGCCAAAGAUCAGUCUUACAGGUCAGCCAUCCAUCUCGCUACAGAACAGGGCCAUCCGGACGUAAUAAAAGAGCUCUUGCUGUUUAGUCCAGAAAGCGUGAAUAUGUGUGACAAACAGGGAUUCACACCUCUUCAUUUGACUGCAAAGGCUGGAAAUCUACAGGCUGUAAACAUUCUUCUUGAUAGUGGCGCAGCAACUGAUUGCCAAAAUGCUCUCCAGCAGUCUCCCUUAGAUCUUGCAAAGGAAAAUGGGAAUCCCUUGGUUAUUGAACUGCUGCAGACAAAACGUCAUUUAAAUUAGGUGUUUUAAUGUAAAUUGUUCCAAACUUUUAAAACAAUUCUAUAAAACUUUACCAACUGACAGUUUUAUCCAUUUCUACUUUAAAUAUUAGGCCAGAUCAAAGAAGAAAUCUCAAUGAAAACUCAAUGUGAAUUAUGUUGUGUGUGUUUCUAGGAAACUUUUUUACCUUUGUGUUAUUGGAGUCCUAUGCAAAAGAUGCACCUGCUGCUUUGGCUUUCUAACUUCUGUUUAGCAGCAAAACAAAGUGCGUUUUAGGGAAAUCACAAAAGAGAACAUGCAUGAUUUUGGAACAAAAGCAGAUGGGCAGAGAAAAGACAGAUGAGGGGGCAAAGCAGCUCUGUGGAACACAUAUCACAAUAUUCUACUUGAACAUGGAUUUUAAAAAAUAAGGGUAUAAGCUACAAGCUUGGUCCAAAUUAAUGCAUUGUAGAGUAAAAUUUGGUAUAAAUUUGGUUAUGGUUGGGUAUGUAUAUAAAACUGUAAUUUAUCUUUGUGAAUUAUGCAUAAUCUGCACUAUUGCGUUAAGAUUCAUUUGACCAGGUUUAAUAUAUUUAUACAGAUUUUUGAAUGCUGGCUUGUUUAUUUUUGGUAUUUCUAUUUUAGAAAUCCGCUUUUAAAGCAUCCUCCUUACCUGACAUUACCAAAUACAUAAAAUGAUUUUAUGACCCUAUAACAGUAAUAUAUUUUUAUUAGAAAUCCUAGUACCAAAAUGUUACAUUUUUCCACUAAGAUUUACCAAGUGACAUUUUCUAACAAGAAUGCAUAUAUUUCUUAUUGUUGACUGUGGCAUCAAAUGGUGAGUUAUAAAAAGUUACCAAGAAAAUUUGCAAUAUUUAAAAUACAAUAUAGAAGUUUGUAUCAAAGCAUAAACUGAAAGGUGUUACCUUGAUAAUGUACAUUUUUGCAGAGCAAAUUUUAGUCAAACCUACAAGUGCUUUUUUAUUAUAUAGCUGAAAGUCAGGAGUUUUAAAACAAAGUACAGUUUAUGUGUGGUUGUAAGGCUGUGUAUUUUUAGCUGCUAUUUUAUAUUAAUAUACUGUGUAUAUUGUAUAGCAGAUUUUCAAGGCAAUAUUUGUAUUGUAAAAACAUAUUUUACAGUUUUAUAAGCAUGGUACCGUCUUGCAACACUAAAUAAAAUACUCAAAAAAUGCA